AUCAGCAUGGCUGCGAACACCCGGUCCGCCAGCUUGCUGCUGCGCUUGACGAUGGUGAUCACCAUGGUGUCGCACCUCAAAGCUGUUCUCACUUGCAGCUGCAGCGCCGCCACGCAGCAACGAGACCAGAGACGGCGGCGGCGGCAAGACGCUCAGCUUCACCCUGUACCAGCAAGAGACCAUCAACAAGACCGCCUACAUGGUCGUCGACGGCGUGGCGGGCGCCGGGGUCAGCCAGACCACCACGCCCUUCGGCACCGUCUACGUCUUCCGCGACAACCUGACGGUGCACGCCGACGGGGCCUCCCCGGUGGUCGGCGUGGCCGAGGGGACGUCCAUCACGACCAGCCUCGACGGGCUGCUGAGCCUGUCGUUGGCCAAGAUCACGAUCCACCACCGCGGCCACCGGGGCUCCGUGUCCGUCCUCGGGGGAACCCACAACACCAGGCCGUCUGACUACCCGGUGGUGGGCGGCACCGGUGACUUCGCGUACGCCUUGGGCUACGUCCGGUCGUCGCCGGUGGACCUGCGGGGAUCGACGGUCACGUACAAGAUGGAGCUCCAGUUGUACUGGCCCCCGUACGCCCCAUACGCCCCAACUCCGCAGUAGCCAUCGCCUCCGGCCGUUACAUACACGCAUGUACGAUAAAACCACUGCCAGCAUAUACGGUUUAAAACGGAGCAGUAGCAGGUUCUCUGCUACUGCUUGAUCUCGUUUUCCCCGUGCUUUUGUGGGGAAUUGUUAUUUCUAGUAUGAGAGCAAUGUAAAGGGCUAUACCAGUUUACAUAAUAAAGAGAUACCUUGAAGUGGAGUAUGGGUUUCAACGUUAGAUAGUCAAAACUUUCUCCUUCCUGAAU